UCAAGAUGUUUAGCUUGAUUUCAUAAAACUGUAAGGACUAUAGCCAGCUGAAGUACAUCAUACGCCCACAAUAUUUUAAUGAAGUAUUUCAGUACAAAAGUUACUGUUCGCCAGAGGCUGGUGUGGAUACAGGAUUUAUUGGGUAGCGCUGGACAUGCCACAGCGUGUGGAUAGAUUUCUCUGAAUGGUAGACUCCAGAGUUUUCACCAGGGCAUUUGCCUUAAAAUAAGGACGGGAUCAGUAGGAGUGGAGUAAAAUGUCAAAACAGGUCUGAACAAAGAGAAGUAUCUGACAGCCACCUGUACUCACACGCUACAAGCAAAACCAGAUCGCACAUCCACAAUGAUGGAUGUAUCUGAGAACUGCAGCCAGGGUCAUGAUCAUGGCAAUAAUAUGGGGAUACCUCAACUGGACUUGUACAACUACAUCAUGAAUGUGUAUGUGACAGGUAUACUCUGUGUAUUUGGAGUCAUAGGAAAUAUUCUGUCAUUAAUAAUACUUUUACAGGACAAGAAAAAGUCGAUAACAUUCUACCUUCUGCGAGCAGUUGCUGUGGCAGACACUUGCCUUCUAAUUACAACACUUUUUGUAUACGUUUUGCCAGCCGUGUAUCCUUACACAGGAGAGCUGAAGUUUUUCAGUUGGAAUAUGCCAUAUCUACAGGCAUGGGUGUGGCCUUUUGCCAUGAUGGCCCAUACUGGAGCAGUAUGGACAGUUGUUACCGUGACCUUUGACCGCUACAUUGCAGUCUGCAUACCAUACCGAGCAAAGUUUCUACGAACAAUUGAACGAGGACGUGCAGGGAUUGGUCUUGUGACGGCCUUUUCUGUCCUGUACAACCUGCCCAGGUUCUUUGAUGUCCAGGUGAAGGAGAUAUAUGAUUUCUGUGAAAAUGUGACCAGAGUAUAUUUUGACUUGAAUCUCUAUGCAUACAGUGGCUACAGGAUAGGCUAUGUCAUAGUAUCUUAUUUCGCCAUCAACAUCAUAUGUCCAAUCAGUAUUCUCACCUACCUGAACAUCCGCCUUAUUAUGGCUUUGAGAAGAGGGCAAAGGAGAAGGGCCAGCAUUGGCCGGGCCAGCAUGUCGGCCAAAAAGGAUGACCAUAACGUCACCCUCCUACUUAUCGUAAUUGUCAUUGCUUUUAUUCUCUGUCAACUACCAUCUGUUGUGACGCAGGCCAUGUACGCCUGGCAAGAACAACUAGGGACUAAAAUGCUCAUGUUUCAGAGAUUUUACGUUCCAUUUAGUAAUGCCAUGGUUAUUUUGAACUCGUCCAUUAAUUUUCUUAUAUACUGUGUAUUUGGGAGGAGUUUCCGCCGCAUGAUGCAGAGGGUGUUAUGCUGGAAAUGUUACCCGGAGAGCCUAGAGGAGAGCAGUGGAGAGCACACGACUCAUCCAAGUCAGCCCAAGUUUGCUGCAAGAGUUCGUAAAGUAAGACUGCUGCUGCUGGCAGUGAAGAAAGAUAACAAUAAUGUUCAGAAUGAAGAACUGAGGGAAAUAUUCCCCAAGGCCCCAGCUUCUGUAACUCAUGAUACAACAAGUAGCACGGCUACAACUUCAACAACUUGUCACAGCAGCUCCUCAAAAUCUCAGUGCUAAACACGCACUAUAAGUAUAGUCUAAUAUAUAUAUAUAAAGAUAUAUUAUGAUAUUAAAAAUAAAUGUUUUAUCACAGACAAAAAAAAAGCUUCAAUGAUUGUGAUAAGAAUUAAGAAGAUAUUCUAGGGAGAUACUACCUCGACAUGGUAUGUGUUAAAUGGACCAUUUGAGCAGUUUUAAUUCAAGAAAAAAAUUCCAGUGCAGUUGCUUUGUGAAUUUGUAAAAAUAAAUAUAUCUGUGCAGUAUAUUGCA